AAAAGCUUUCAAAGUGCUUAGUCCUGUUUGUGGAAGCAUUAAAUGAGGAGAAGUGUCAUCUGCCCCUGGUGGUAAAGAGGCUGCUCCCCUCAGCCGCCCUGGAGACCAGCGAGGGCUCAGCUGCUCCGCGCACUCCUCUCCAGAGAAGAUGGGAUCUGACGAGUGUGUCUGCAGAAACGGCUCCUCUCCUUGAUGUGUAGCCGGCCUCGCCGCUGGGACGUGUUUACCAACCCCAAGUGCUCGCUGAGAAGACAUCGAACCCUCCGGUAGUCCUUUCAUUGACUAGUAUGUCUGAAGUUUCUGAAGAGUAACCCCUCACAGUGCAAAGAGUAAUAGAGAUUUGAAAUUUUUACAGAAAAACUACAAAAACCUUGCAACUUGGCUGUAUUUGUGUGGCCAUGUUCUUGCAAACCUACAUGAAUAUUUUCACAUGGAGCCUCACAAGCGAGCUGGAGGCCAGAUACAGAGAGAAACUAUCAUCGGAUCCCCAUCAAAGUCGACUGGGAACUAACAACCCUCAUUGGAUUACUCUGUGAAUUGUUGUGGUUGGGCGUUCUAUUUAUUCUCAGCAUGCGUGUUUUUGAAUGGUUUUGUUCUUUUUAAUACCAUUUCUAUGAGCUGCGUCAAGCCUUUUCCAUGUGGAUACAUUUUACAUGAAGACUGAAGUGUAAGAUGGCUGCACAUUUUUGAGUUGCUUCAUUUUUUUUAAAUCUAAUUUAUUUAUUUUCCUGAUGGCUGCACCUUACAAGGUGAUUGUGAGCAAAACCACAUGUUACAACAGCGUGGUUCUGGACAAUAAGUUUCAGAAUGUAGUACAUUACUGUCUUGGAAGUUGUCAGGCUCAUAGACUUGGCGUAGAGUGCCUGGUUGCCCAUCACACUGUGUGCUCUGAACUUCUCAAAGCUCCUGAGGCAACCCUCAGUCAUGGCGGAGAUGUUGGCAACAAAAUCUCAGUGGGUGAAAGUGUGGUUUGUGGUGAGGAUUAUCCUCAUCUGAAUCUUAGGUUUAAAAAGGCUUCCACUAUUCAGAAUACCAGCAGCUUGAAAGAUAUAACAGGUGAAGCUAUAAAUCUGGCAAGCGGAAAAACAAAGGAGUUCUCUUUUGAAAAGCUAAAGAAUGCCUCAAACCAGCAUGUCAACCUCAGGAAAGGUCGAAAAGUCCGUCCCGAAUCUUUUGGCAGGAAAUCAGCCGACUAUGACUUUAUUUAUGGCCAGUUCAAUAACAAUGAAAAUUGUCCACCUUUUGGUUUGCUACAGUCUCAGGGUCCCGAAGAAAAAACAUUAAUGUCCCACGGCACAUCUUUUGAACAAAAUAUUAAUUUGGCCUCGCUGUAUUUGCAAGGACUUUCAGAAGAGAACCUGAUAAACCAGAUUUUGAAGAAGCAUAAACUUGACAGCUCUGGAUCUGGUGAGGAUAUAAAGAUGUGCUUAGACAUUCUUCUGAAAUGUUCUGAAGACCUGAAGAAAUGUACUAAUAUAAUAAAGCAGUGCAUAAAAAACCGAUCGGUUGGUGGAAGCGGCAGUGGAGUAGGAGAUGGAAAGGGUUCUGAUCAUUUUCCGAAUCCAGAGAUCAUCUAUAUGAAUGUAAUGGCAAGGCUAUCCUCUUACCUGAAAAAGCUCCCCUUUGAACUGGAACAAGGUUCCCACGGAAGAACUGAACCUAAUGACCUAGCUGAACUUGUAAAAAGCCUCAACAGUCUGCAGCAGCAUCCAUUUUCACCAAUAUACGGUCAUGAACAGCCACCAAAGUAUGAAGAUGUUGUUCAAACUCCCCCUUCCUUGAAAACUAUAUCAUCAGCCACCAGUGAAAAUCAUGAAUUGACUCCCCAACGAACUAGUGACACCAGUACAGUAAAAUCCAUCCCAGAUGUAGCACCUCCAUUACCUGCAAAGACUUGGCAGAGAAAUAAACAGAGCCAAACUAGUCCUCUAAAAAAUAAUUCUACAACUGCUCAGCAAACCAGUCCGCCAACACAUUUACCCACUAAGGAGAAGUUGCCAAGGAACUCAACAGAAAAGCUCUUUAUUGAAGAGGAUUCAGAUUCACAAAUGGCUCCUCACCAAAAGAAGUCGCCAACCACGUUUUCACCAGUAGCAUCUGAGAGUAAACGCUUGUCAGCUGAAAGUCUGUGCCAUGAUCCUUCUACCAGUUCUCAUGCACUUGCUGGGACUUUUCUUCACAACACUGCCAGUGAAAAUGCCCAAACUCUCACAGCUCCCAUUAAUGUGAAUACAGCCGUGCCAAUGAGAAUGGGAAGGAGCCGUGACCAUGAGGAAAUAGACAAGCUGCUUUUAGACUUAGAACAUUUUUCUCAAAAAAUUGAAAGCACUUUAAAAAACCCACCAAUGUCUUCACCAGCACCUUCCAAAUUACCAACUGGACUGCCAGCUUACAAUGAGGAUCUCAAAGCACAACCUGCACUUGGAAAAGAAUUUAGUAUGAGUACCACUGGAGACGAUGACAACCUUUUGUUGCGCAUAUUAGGCAGUAUUGAGGACUUUGCUCAGGAGCUUGUGGACUGGAGGUCAGGUAAAGGAACUCUGUCCAAACAGAAGGAAGUUAUGCAGAUCCUUCAAGAAACUUUGGUUCCUCAGAGUCCUAUCCCGUCCCCGAGUUUUCAGAACCAAACCAAGGAUUCAGGCUCUACUUUGUCAAUUCAGCAGACACCCGAAGUGAUCAAGAUUCAAAACAAACAAGAGAAGAAGCCAGGGACCCCUCCUCCUGCCCCCGUCAUCGCUCCUGUGAUUCCUCGCCCGGCCACACCACCUCCUGCCAAAGUCAUUGUUGCCCCUUCCUUGUCCAUAAACAUUCCACGAUUUUACUUCCCAAAGGGGCUGCCUAACCCUAGCACCAACAAUGACGACUCCAUCUCCAAGAUCGAAUCAGCAUUCUCCAGUAUGGAGGACGAGAAGGCCGACAUCUACGAGAUGGGGAAGAUUGCCAAGGUAUGUGACUGUCCAUUGUACUGGAAGGCUGCCCUGUUUAAUGCAGCUGGUGGAGAGAGGACUGGCUUUGUGUCUGUGCAUUCAUUCAUUGCAAUGUGGAGAAAGUUAUUAAAGAACUGCCACGAUGACUCAUCCAAGUUCAUGCACCUUUUAGCAAAACCAGGCUGCAGUUAUUUAGAACAGGAGGACUUCAUCCCCCUCCUACAAGACAUAGUGGACACACAUCCUGGAUUGACCUUCCUCAAGGAGGCUCCUGAAUUUCACUCCCGGUACAUAACUACGGUGAUACAGAGAAUAUUCUACACUGUGAAUAGGUCGUGGUCGGGCAGAAUCACAUCUACUGAGCUGCGCAGAAGUAACUUCCUGCAGACAUUGGCUUUGCUGGAGGAAGAGGACGACAUUAACCAGGUGACGGACUACUUCUCCUAUGAACACUUCUAUGUCAUCUAUUGCAAGUUUUGGGAGCUGGACACCGACCACGAUCUGUACAUUGACCAGAAAGACCUGGCGAGAUAUAAUGACCAUGCAUCUUCAAACAGAAUCAUAGAAAGGAUAUUUUCCGGAGCAGUCACACGAGGGAACGCUAUCCAGAGGGAGGGCCGGAUGAGCUAUGCAGAAUUUGUCUGGUUCCUGAUAUCUGAGGAAGACAAGAAAAACCCAACGAGCAUUGAGUACUGGUUCCGGUGCAUGGACCUGGAUGGAGACGGCGUGUUAUCCAUGUAUGAACUGGAAUACCUCUAUGAAGAGCAGUGUGAGAAGAUGGAAACUAUGGGUAUUGAGCCACUGCCCUUCCAGGAUCUGUUGUGCCAGCUCUUAGACCUGGUAAAACCAGAAGUUGAAGGUCGAAUCACUCUGAAAGACCUGAAACGCUGUAAAAUGGCUCACAUAUUUUAUGACACCUGCUUUAAUCUCGAGAAGUACCUGGACCAUGAACAAAGAGAUCCUUUUGCACUGCAAAAGGAUGUUGACAGUGAAACACCGGAGCCAUCAGACUGGGACAGAUAUGCGGCUGAAGAAUACGAGAUCCUGGUCGCUGAGGAAACUGCCACUGAGCAUUUACAAGAGGGGUCGUUUGAAGAUGACUACGAUGGGGACGAAAUCAUUGCUGCUCCCGAAAUCAACAAUAAGAUGGAUAAAUUGGUCAUCUCUGACCUGACGGCGUGAGACGGCGCCUGCACCUGCCACUGGACAAUCAGACUGACCAGUAUUUAUGGACUGAGCCCUGGUCACCAGAAGACUUUCAGGGGGAAAUAAUAUAUAAAUAUAUUUUUUAUGAUUAUUUUGUGAAGAGAAUUGCUUUUGCUUUUUGUAAAAAGCGCAAUAACAUAAGUUCUGCGUAUAUUUGACCGCGCUGUGUGUGGGCGUGCACGAGUUUGCUGACAAAUGAACAGAAAGCCAUUUAUGUGCAAUAUGUCUUAAAUAAGGGACCUUGUGUAUCCACGCCAGUGCAGAGGAGGACUGGAGAGGUUAACGGAAGCAACCAAUCACACUCCAGCUCUCAUCUCCUAACCUUUACUGGAAUGGUGAAAGCAGGAAUCUGGUUGGCUGCUGUGUGUAACCGCUCCUGGCCUCUUCCAGUGUGAAUACAUGUGGGCCUUUGUGUUCAUUGUAGAGAAAUGACCUGAUGUAAUUGUAUUUAAUCACUGCCUUUACCCAACUCGUAUCUGUACGCUGCCGAUGCACAGAACCAAAGCUCCACUGUCCGUAAAUCAGGAAACCUCCAUUAAGUAUAUGCAUGGAGUCCAGUAUUUCUAUUUAUCACAGGUUUCCAGUAUUCUUUAUAAUGUGUAUAAUUCAUACCUAUCUCUAUACUGUGUAAAUAUGUGUAAGAGGAACAGAAUGGAAUAAUCAUGCAAAAUUAUUACAAGGGUUACCUAUAAUGAUGAGAAUGGCAAAGCAUUCUGGGACAUGGGACAACUACUGAAGAGCAGCAUUGGAAACCAUAUAAAGAUGUAGCAGAGUUGAGCUAAUAAAGGCACUAUGGUAGUGCUGUCUGUGGCAUAAUAAUAUGACGCCCUCUGAUGUCCAUUUGCCCUAAUAUGAUUAUAUAGGUGGGCACGUAGGGCUAAUGAGCUGGGUGCAGUCCCUCUCUGAGUGGGGCACUCAAUAGAAGUAGCUUCUGUCCUGGGUGUCAAGGAAGGACCAUAGCCUCUGCAGUUUUAUGGAGAAGACUCCGCCUGCAGGAGAAGACACUAUAUUGUUAGCUGCCAGAGGGGGAAGAAGACUGAUUCACCUCAGAAGAUGCCACCAGCAGCACAGCAUCAAGGGGAAAACAUGGAAGCACAAAUUUAUGAAUAAGGUGCCUGUGGCAUGACACUGAUCAGUGGGAUAAUCCCUCUAGUAAAUAUCUUACGGGCGAUCACCUGUAUAAUGAGGAUGCGGCUCCCUUAUAAUGUGUCUUCUCCAGUGAAUUAAACUAUAUGACCACAUUUUCUGAAUAUACUUUCUAUCGGUUAGCCCUGCUGAGAACAAUCACUGCCCUUACACCCGGGUGCCAGUGCUGACCACCAGCAAGUCCCAGAAUGCUCAGUCACUAGAUACCAUGUCUCUUACAGUUAAAUACAUGCAGGAUCCCUGUGUAUAAAGCACUUUUAGGGAAUUUUAUGUCGCCCAUUCAUACUAUGCCACCUCUCUCUCCCCUGCCUUGUCUGUUACUUCUCUUGUUUGAUCCUUCCUGGGAUGUGCCUUCAUUCUUUGUAGACAAAUAUAUCAGUUCAGAGUUUUAGUUUUGUAAGUAGUGUAUAUAUAUUAAAAAUGAGUGGUACCUAA